AUGGCGGCGUCCUGCGGCUCCUCGCAGCUCCCCGCCGCCGAGCCGCCCCUCAAGAUCCCCAAGAUGGAGGUGCUGUCGCCUGGCUCGCCGGGCGCGCUGAGCGACGGCAACCCCAGCCUCUCCGACCCGUCCACCCCCAGCGGCGCCUCCCCGCUGGGCCCGGGGCCGGCAACCGGCGGGGCCGGGCUGGGGGGCGGCGGGGCGGCGGGGGGCCGCGGCGGAGCCUCGCCCUCCGUCUCGUUCUCCCCGGGCGGAGCCGCCGCCGCCGCCGCGGCCGCAGCGUGCCGGGGGAUGUCCUGGACCCCGGCGGAGACCAACGCGCUGAUCGCCGUGUGGGGCAACGAGCGGCUGGUGGAGGCCCGCUACCAGCAGCUGGAGGGCGCCGGCACCGUGUUCGGCAGCAAGGCCCCCGGGCCCGCCAUGUACGAGCGGGUCUCCCGAGCAUUGGCCGAGCUGGGCUACGAGCGCACCCCCUCGCAGUGCCGGGAGCGCAUCAAGCAGCUUCACAAGAGGCAGAGUGAGUUAGUAAGGAAUGCAAAAUAUACCCUCCGCAGGUGUUACAGCCGUGUGAAGGAGCAUGGUGUUGGGAAGAGGAAAAGCAGCUACACGUUUGAACAGCUGGAGCAGGUGUUUGGCCAGGGAGGAUGGGAUUCCCAGCCCUGCCAGCCUGUCCUCAUCAACAGCAGUGGCUUGUACCAGGAGCUGGAGUCGGAUGGCAGCACCAUGGAGGAGUACUCACAGGAGGACUGGGGAAACCACAGUCAGGAUCUUCAUUGCUACCAGACUGGUGAGCAGGAAUUAGAUGAAAUGCCUACCACAAAAAGAACAUUAAAGAUAAAACAGGAAUCUUCAGAAGACGCUCAUGGCAGGACCUGCAUGCCCAGGUGGUGCUGACCAGAUAUUUGCAAUGGAUCAUAAGUGGAGGAAAGCGAGUGAGAAGUGAGGCUCCCCCAGUAGCAGUGCGUGCUGUUGACUUGGCUCGUGUGAGUACUGCUCACAUUAAAAGUUCGUGCAUUUCCCCUCCUUGGUGGAAAGCAUGCCAAAGUUUGUGAUUUCUUUUAUUUUCAUAACUUUCCAGAGCUGACUUGUAACCUUUUGGAUUGGUUUAAUCUGACAAAGACUGAAGCAUUUAAAAUGUUUUAAGCAUGUGAAUCUCCGUUGCCUCGCCAACAAUAACACAGAGUGUUUCACAAAAUGCCACGGUCCUGCAGAGCAGGGCUGCUUUCUUCCAGCCUCUUGGGUUUCAAACCCUGUAGGGUGAGUGUAGCUCUGUCUGUAGUGGGAUGAGCUGUCUCAAAUCCACCUGCAGGCCCCUCGGGGGGGACAUGUGGGCAUGGUGUCCUGCACCACUUCUCCCCAUGGCUUAGUGAGCUGGCUGAAGUCAGUAUGGCGUUUCUUAGGCUGCAAAGUGAGUUUGUGUAGGACAGUAAUUCAUCAGUGCUGUACAGGUUUAUGUAGUGUCUCUGGUUAGCAGCAGAGGCUUUUUACUGGAAGUAAAGGAUUUUUAAAAAUUCCACAUAUGUAUGUAGUUAUUUUUAAUGAAAAGCCUGCAUUGUGAUGGCUUAGCUUCAUCAAAGUCCUCAGUGGAUUUUCCAGGGUUAAGCUGUUUUGAUGGUGAUUUUUGUCUUCAUAUGAACUGAAUUCAGGGUAGCAUCUCAGGGAUGGGCAUGAAGGAAAACACUUGUUUUUCAGCAUAAACAUCAUCACCUCUUUGAACAGCUCGUUAGGAUGGCUGUGGGGUAAUUCUACCUGCAAAUUCUACCUUCAAGGCCUGCCUUAGGGAGUUGCACAGAAAAGAAUUCUGAAUGCUCUGAGGCCGAAGCUCAGAGAAGCUCAUGUUGUGUGAAGACUGCCUGAGCUUUCUCUGCCAGCUUGUUGUGCAGGUGCAUGGCUGGAGCUCAGACUGCUCAGAGCUGGGGUUUCUUUUCUGCCCCCGAAGCUCUCUCUAAAAUGCAUGGAGGCCUCUGAACUCCUAGGCAUGUUGUGAAGCGUGUGGUUGAUAAGCCAGUCGGUGCUCAGUGAGAGCACAAAGUGACUUCCAACACAGAAAUUUGCUGAAAAUGCCUUUUUUUUUUUUUCUCUGCUAUGAGGAAUGAGGAACUUUUAAACUCUGAAGUCUUUUAAAGUUGAAAGAAACUUGAAAAUUCUGCCUUUUUACUACAUCAAGCAAUGGGAAGCAAAGAAUUAAAGAAGAGUUCUCCCUGCCUUCUGCACUGUCAGGCUCUUCGUAGGAGGCGUCAAAGGCAGCUUUUCAGGUUGGGUUUUUGGAAAGUGGAGGAUCCCUGCAUGCUGCUGUGGCAGGGUUUGCUUUGUCCAGUUCAUUGCCUCAGCAGUUGUCUUGGACAUUGGAUAAGGAAACCAGUGUUGAGUUUGGAAUGAUUACAGGCGGUCUGGAGAAGCCUUACUGGUACUGUAGAUAAGCUGAGUGUUUAUUUAUCAUCUGUUAAAAAAAAGAGUUGUCUAAUUUUAAAAGCCAUAGCAAAUAAUACCAAACAGAUUCUUGUUUUUGGCCCAUGUUUUAAAAUGCAUGUAGCUUAUUGCAAAGAAAGCAAACCUUCAGUUCAUCUGCUUUCUUCUGCACGUGGAAGUUUGAAGCAGAAGUGAUCUCAGUGAAAUGGGGGGUGAUGAUGCGUUCAACCUGUGCCAAGUGCAGAAUUUACGUGGCGGUGCUGCCUGACUGUAGGUGCACGCGAUCCUGAAAUGCUGCCCUUGCUUCCCCUGCUCUGGGAGGUCGGAAGGAAUUGCUCUGCAGUGCCACCACCUCCGGGUUCCCAGCUGUGGUCCUGGGGCUGUGAAAACCGGCAGAGGUCUGGCAGGAGAUGGUCCAACAGGAGCCCUCUGUGCUCCCAGGGGGGAACUGCAGAGCCGAGCAGAGCAACUUGCGGAGAAACAUGGGAGAUGGCUUUGUAAGAAACAAGGGAGGAUUAUUUUCCUGACAGGAGGGAAGAAGGUGGGAGCGCGACGCCGGCCGGGC